AUGCUUCGCAUUCAGGUAAGGGCAAACUCCACUGCAAGCAUAGUCCAGGCACAGCUUGCCGCAAGACUCGAGACGUAUUUUGAGCGAACGACCUUCAAGUUCCUCAAGCCGCAACAUGUGGAUGAGCUCCGCAAAGCCAUGGAGCUCGUAUAUUUGAGGAAACGGCCCUUGGUGUCCAUCGAUGUCGAGGCGUACGAGCGCAAACAGAAACUCAUUACAGAACUAGGUGUUGCCAUCUAUGACCCGGAAAACCAGUGGCUUCUGAUGCAGCCGCAUGUCAGAACCUUGCACAUCAUCAGCGACGAGAACAGGCGUUUUUUAAACUCGCAGUUCGUGCCCAAUCAUAAGUACUACUUCAACGGUAGCACGUCCUACCAGAUGAAAAUGAAACUGCUGCUGAAGUUCCUCAAAGAAACAUUCAGGUACUUUUUCGAGGACCGUGGUGCCGUGAUGGUAGGGCACCACCUCAGUGGCGACAUCAAGUGGGUGAAGAGCCACGGCGUGAAAAUGGCUGACGACGUGUCGCACAUCGAUACCCAGAAAUUGUUCCACCUUUCCAGACGACGGGGCGCCACGCUUAGAGGCAUCUUACACACUGUCGACAUUCCGCAUGCCAAGCUCCACAACGCGGCCAACGACGCCUAUUACACGUUGCUUGCCGCCAUGAGAUACUGCGAUCCCGAGUGCCGUCAGCACUACAAUCUCGAUACGUUUGUGGACCAGCCGAAGCCAACCGACGAGGAGAAGAAG